AUGAACCCUGCAGGUACGGACCCCACAGUCUCCCCCGGGACCGAGUCCGCCGUCGUGUCCCUCGGCAAGCCGUUUCCAUGGACCUACCCACCCGACGUGCGGCUCUGUGGCCACCUGCGGAAACAGAAGUCCCAGCGCCGCCGCUUCUUCGUGCUGCGCGCUGACCCACCGCGCCUGGAGUGCUACGAGAACGAGAAGAAGUUCCUCUCUAGCCGCUGCCGCCCACCUCGACCCCGGCGCACCAUUAGCCUGGAGGGUGCCUGCACCAUCAGCAAACGCGCUGAUGCCCGCCAGCGCCACCUGAUCAUCGUCUAUACCAGCGACAGCAGCCUGGGCGUGGCGGCGGCCAGCGAAGCCGAGCAGCAAGCAUGGUACAGCGCCCUGCUCGAGGUGCGCGCCACCGCUGCUGCAGCUGCCGCCGCCGCUAUGGGUUUCAGUCCCCAAGAGGCCUCUGAGACUUGGAUCUUCGCCCCGUUCCAGGACGUUUGGCCUGUGACACUGCGGUCCAAGGGGUUGGGGCGAGUGCAAGGCCUGAACAGCGGCAGUUAUCGCCUGUGCCUGGGUUCUGGGUCCCUGAGCCUCCUGCGGAAGCCAGGAAGCAAGGGUUCCAAAGACAACCGGGCAUCGCCACCACCGGUUCUCCGCCUGUCCUUGCUCAGCGUGCGCCGCUGUGGUCACGCAGACUCUUUCUUCUUCCUGGAACUCGGGCGCUCAGCGCCCAUGGGUCCUGGGGAGCUGUGGCUGCAGGCACCUGAUGCAGUGGUGGCCCAAAGCAUUCAUGAGACGGUCCUGGCUGCCAUGAAGAGGCUGGGGAACAGUGCCGCCUGCGGCAAGGCUGACGCCCCUCCAGGAGAUCCUACAAUGAGUGUUUCUGCAGCCUCUGACCCGGAACCAUAUGAAACCCCUGCUUCAGUACUGGCCACUAUGCAAGCAAGAGGCCCGGGUGAGAGAGCAACGCAGGACUACCACAAGCCUUUGGAAAAGAUGGGGUCAAUACCCUUCAACAGGGGGCUAGAUCUGGGCGGGGACUACAUCACCAUGGGAGUCAGGAAUGAGUACAUGCACAUGGGAGGAGGGGAAGCUGGUGAGUAUAUGUGGAUGGCACCCCCAGCUCUUCCUCCCACCCCUCCCAGGGUAGCUCCUGGCAAGCAGCAUCAGGACUGUGAAAGUGCAGAGUACAUGCCCAUGAACAGACUUCUACAAGGGCCUUGUUACUAUGAGGAGCUCAAGACCAGGGAGUCUGAACUUGGCUGUCGGGGUGCCCACUGUGGCAUUAGGGACAGAUGGGGACCCACAGGGGCUCGGACCCGCUCUUCCCAACUGUCCGAGCUAUCUGGGGACUACAUGUACAUCCCAGACUAUGUAGGGACCAACAGUGCUCAGCCGGGGUCUCUGGAUAGCUGCCUCAACUAUGUGGACCUAGACCUAGUCCCUCCCUUGGGGGUGCCUGGAGCAGCCCCUGGGGAGAGUCCACAGAACUAUACCAGCAUCAAGUUCUAGAACUUUUGGGAGAAUGGUCAGGGAAGAGAGGAAAAGAAGAGAAAAGCUACCAUUCCGCUCAGCUCCUGCACUGCCCCCUUGCCUGCUGUACCGAGAAACUC